AACGGCCCGGGGCUGAGCUGCAGUCAGAUCCGGGGAUGGAGGGAGCCGGAGAAGAGGAGUGAGGAGGCUGGGGAGGCAGGCCCUGCUGCCCUCCUGCAGGCCGGCAGGCCGCUGUGGCAGUGGAGGACCAGGCCGCCCAGAAAGGGAAGGGGUCAGGAGGUCGGGCCCGGGCCUUAGGCGGCUCGCACCAGGCCCAGGAAGGGAGGGCCAGGCGCCCUGGAGUUCAGGGCGCAGGCCUGUCCCGCGGUUGUCCAAAGGAGGCCUGGGCCAGGCCCCUGGUGGGGAAACUGAGUCAGAGGCAGGCCUCAGGGCCGGGCCUCGACGCCUGCGAGCCCAGUUAGGGGCAGGGGGCACAGACCCUUGGGGGUCUCCGAGACUAAAGGGGGGUAGGGGGCUUCAGGGCCUCCCAGUCCAGAGCCGGAUUGGCGAGUUAGACGCUUGUAGAUCCAAGGUCGGAUUGGGGUGGGGUCUCUGGGACGUUGGCCAGCCGGGCAAGGAUUGGGGGGAUUCAAGUGCUUAGAGAUCGAAGGCAGGCCUGAGUAGGGGGAGUCAGACAAUUGGAAAGCCUAGGUGGUUAUUUGGGGAGGGGUCUCCGCGCUUUGGCGAGGCGCAAAGCUGCGCCUGUUGGGCUCGGGGCCUUGUCCAGAGGGGUCUCCGCGCAGGGCGGGCCGCCUGGGCCAGGCCAAGAGAAAGAAAGUGAAAAAACCAGGACGCUCGGUGGGCGGGGGGCCCGAGAGGGGGGUCCCCGAGGGUGAGCCAUGGCCACCAGGCGUUUAACCGACGCUUUCUUGUUGUUGCGGAAUAAUUCCAUCCAAACCCGGCAGCUGUUAGCCGAGCAAGUGAGUAGUCACACCACCUCCAGCCCUCUGCAUUCACGUAGCAUUGCUGCGGAGCUGGAUGAGCUCGCUGAUGACCGUAUGGCUCUGGUGUCAGGCAUUAGCUUAGAUCCAGAAGCAGCAAUUGGCGUGACAAAACGGUCACCUCCGAAAUGGGUGGACGGAGUGGAUGAAAUACAGUAUGAUGUCAGCCGGAUCAAACAGAAGAUGAAGGAAUUAGCCAGCCUUCACGACCAGCAUUUGAACAGACCUACCCUGGAUGACAGCAGCGAGCAGGAACACGCUAUUGAAAUCACCACCCAAGAGAUCACUCAGCUCUUCCACAGGUGCCAGCGGGCCGUGCAGGCUCUGCCCAGCCGGGCGCGCAGGGCCUGCUCCGAGCAGGAGGAGCGGCUCCUUCGCAACGUGGUGGCCUCGCUGGCGCAGGCUCUGCAGGAGCUGUCCACCGGCUUCCGGCGCGCGCAGUCGGGCUACCUCAAACGCAUGAAGAAUCGAGAGGAAAGAUCCCAGCAUUUUUUUGAUACAUCAGUACCACUAAUGGAUGAUGGAGACGAUAAUACUCUUUAUGACCGGGGUUUUACGGACGACCAGUUGGUGCUGGUGGAGCAGAACACGCUGCUGGUGGAGGAGCGGGAGCGGGAGAUCCGCCAGAUCGUGCAGUCCAUCUCAGACCUGAAUGAGAUAUUCCGGGACUUGGGAGCAAUGAUCGUAGAGCAGGGUACAGUCCUUGACAGAAUUGACUACAACGUUGAGCAGUCCUGUGUCAAGACCGAAGACGGGCUGAAACAGCUUCACAAGGCAGAGCAGUAUCAAAAGAAGAAUCGGAAGAUGCUUGUGAUUUUAAUAUUAUUUGUCAUCAUCAUUGUCCUCAUUGUUGUCCUCAUCGGUGUGAAGUCUCGCUAGGCGUCCGUGGGGCUGCGUGUGCCACCCGCCUGGCUCCCAGGCGCGAGGGGCGUGGCCACCCCGCGGGCGCCGCAGAGGCAGAGGCGCGGGCUGUGGACCGUGUGGGGGCCUCGAGCGCCGGCCGGGACGCCUCGUCACAGUCGUGCUCAAGCAGAGGGAACGGGCUUCUGGUUUUCCUUCGUUGUCAAGAAUUUAAGGACCUUUGCUACUGCUGCAGAAUAGAGAUUGAGCUGUGUCAUCAGUGAUAAUAUAUAUUUUUUUUAGAAAGAGAAAAAUGAGUUGAAUGUUUACAGGCCCUCCACAAGCUGGCCGGUACUGUAUGUGCAAAUGUUGUUUUUCAGCUGCCAUGUCAGAGCAACACGUUAAAAUAGUUUUUGGAAACAUUUUUUAAAAACCAUCUGGUUUUUAAGAAAUUUGGUACCAAAACUUUGUGAGUAGAGGCAAAAAUGCUUCUUCAUCUUUCUUUGUGUGUUUUCUAGUUGAAAACAAACUGAGAAGUCCUUUAAGAAUUUAUAAUCCAUUCCCCAUUAACUUAAUUUAGCUUUUCCAUCACUGUUAAUGAUCAGAGUAACAAAGUGUGAAAAAGAAGAAACCAUCAUUGAUGGUAAUUAACACAUUUAGAUGGGCCGGUUACAACGGCCUCAUAAGUUUGAGUUAACUGUAAAUGGGCUGUUCCUCAUCCAGAGUCCGUGCCCUGCAUCUUCUACUGUAAACCAAAAGGGGUUACUAAACAAAACCACCUAAACUUAGAAGUUGGUGAUUCAAACCAACCUCACCAGAAAACAUGCAAAUGGAAGAUGGGCAGUGUCGUGGAAGUCACCAGAAUCAGCCAGUGCGUCCCUGUGCUCGUCCCCAGCCGUCCUUGCUCAAUCCAUUACUUCUACACUAACCACAUAAUGGCCUGUUCAAACCAGACACCAUUUAAUGAACUGUGAAUUUACACACAGGCCCUUCUGAACGGGCCGCCCCAUUUAGGAUUAGUGGAUCUCAAAUUAUUAACCAAACAUCGCUCCAUUUCAAAGUCAAAUACGCCACCAGUGGUAUGAUCUAUCAGCUCCUGCCCUGCUGCUAAUGUGCCCAAGAGAGUGGGCACGUUCCUGCAGAUUGUGACAAUCUGGAUUAGGAAAUCCCUCCUUUGCGUGAGCAUGAAUCAGACCGCCAAAGCAAGACUUUGCCGUUUACUUAACCUAUUAUCAAUAUGGUGCUCGAAUAUAUUUCUUGAACUGUAGAAUAAUGUGGAAGGUGAUGGCGACUUUGAAAGCUGAAGUUGUUCAUGUUUUAUUGGGUCUUGAGACACCAGUAUCUUUUUAAUGGUCUUUGUAUAAUUUCCGAUGGCUCCUCUGUUGUUUUUUACCUCUCCUAAAAAGUUUGAGAAGAGCAUGACUUCAUUAAGCGUGCCGUGCUUUGUCUGGGUCAGUCACGUAAAAUAUCUCUUUAGAAUUGACUUUAAAGUGGGUUUCUGGAAACUUAAACUCAAGUCCAGAGGUUCAAGUCAUCCAAACAGAUCAUGGUCUUAAUACCCAAACCCAUGUCCCAGCCUUCUCUUCCCAAGUCGUAUGUGACUCCAGGAGGCCACUGGUUUUCAUAUUACUGCCGUGACUGUAGAAUGAUCUAGAGACGCCCCUGGCAUUUCAGGAAAUCACGUGGUAUUCCCUGACAAACAUUUAUUGGGAAAUAUGAACCCCCACCUCCUGGAUCACCCCCGACACGUGGGGCUUCUCCAGACCUCGUGAGGAGCUCUAGGCACUCCCCACUCAGCCGAGUCGAAUCUGGUGGCAGAGUCUGGGUGUCCCGGAGACCAGCUUCCCCAAGGAGCGGGGCUGCGCCGGGCAGGGCUCUUCCCUGCCUGUCGGCCUGCAGCGACACUACUGGAUGACUCGUGGAGCUUUUAACGUGCUCAGUCUUACCCUUGAAGGAAAGUGACCCUUUAAGAAAGGAUCCCAUAAGAAAGAAGGGAUCGCUAUUUAUUUAUGUUUAUUUUCAGUUAAUAGGGGUGAUCGGGGUUGGUUUUUGCUCCCUACCCCCUCACCCCAUUUCGGUUAAAUAAUAGAGCUAAACAGACGUGGUGUCAGGGAUCUCGAGGGGUCUGAAGCCAGCGUGGGGCCACUGUCUGCUGUCGUUGCCUCGCCCCACGGCGGGAGGCCGCCCCAGAACCUGGCGCCAGCGGGCCCAGCUGCUCGAAACACUGUAUUUUUCUUUUGAGCCUUUAUCAGGGAAAGAUCAGCAGCCUUGGGGCAAGUAAGAGAAAACUGGUCAUGGAGUCCUGGUCCCUCAGGGUCAUUAUUCCCCUCUAAGGAGACAGGCUCCUGCAGGCAGCCGUUGCCUGCAAAAAGGCCGAGGUGUCCCUCUGCCGGGCUCUGGUCGCGGUGAGCCCGGUGAGCGACAUCCCCGCCUGCGGUGCGAGCAGAGAAGAGGGCCGGCGGGAAAGCUCCUUCCAGGCACCCCUGGACUCAGCCCCCGACACCUGCGCCCUCCGGCAUGUCCUGGGGUGGUUCCUUGGACGGCACCAGAGAGGAGAGAAGUCAGUGUUGACCAUGGGGUCUCCAAAGCUCCAGAUCUUUCCCGAGGUUGUAACUGAAAUCUACUGUCUCUUCUCGUAUUAAUUUGGGGGUGGGGGGUGCUGUCUUCGCCAUGGACGUGAAGCAGUGUAUGUCUCUAAUUUAACGGAUUUACCGCUUUCUCUGCUAAUUGAGAGAGCAUUAUUUAUUUGUUUUGACACAAGUGCUUUCAGUGUUUUAUCCUAGCUAAUGGCUUCUUAAAGGUAAUAAAACCCUUCCAACCUAAUUGGUCAGAUAAGACUUUUCUUCUUGCGUGCUUAAAUAAAGCAAUUAGUGAAGCGCUUCUAUCCAAAAUGACUUUUUUGGGUCCUUUUUUAAAACUAAUUUGCUGUUCCUGGAAACUUUUUGUACAAUAAAGCAGUCGUGCGGAUUAGAGAA